AUGGGUACGGAUAGCUGCGGAGACGUCAUCCCAGCACCCAGAAGCUACAGAUACCUUAGCCCAACGGCCCAGCGGCACCCCGGCGCUAGCUGGCUCCGGUUCACAGCUCCGGGCAUAAACGGUGCCUCGGCAGCGUUGAACUGCCCAUACACUACGUUUGCCGCCGCCGCCGCCGCCGCCGCCGCCGCCGCCGAUCAGCCCGUCGAUGCAUAUUCGGAUUUGGGGCCCGAGCUGAAGCUGAUAUACACCAUUCGGACUGGAAUUCCAUCCUCCAUACUGUAA